ACUGCACACGCUGAACCACUGCGAUCACCAUGAGAGAAUCAAUCUGAUCAGACAAAACUGCACACUCUGAACCACUGUGAUCACCAUGAGAAAGAACCUGAUCAGACAAAACUGCACACUCUGAACACAAAGCACAGUGGAAGGACAGGUCGAGCCAAUUCUGGAUACAACAACGGCAGAUUACAGAGGAUGCGAGUCAUCAACGGUUUAUAAAACAAAUGACACAUCAACCGUAAACAUUUGGGUGCUCGGCGUUGCAGCCAGAUGAACAGCAACUCAGUACAUUAAAGGAAGCAAUAGCAAAUGAUGAACAAAACACCGUCCUCCUUAAAAACACAACCAAGACUUAAACACGUCACUGAAAAAGGGUUACAGUCAAAUAUCCCAAUAGCUAAUUCUGGACUUUUCCUGCAGCCAUCGGCGGAGCACUUACAAAAUUUAAAAAUAUACCUACUUUUAAAGAGUCACUGCCCCUAGAAUGCUGAUUGACCUCCCUGCCUGCCUCACACACUUCAACCUGCCCUGCACUUAAAGCAGCAACAAUCUUGUUAUGGAACAAACUAAUGCGACUAGAAGGCGAGGGUGUGGCAGUUUAUCCUGCAUUUACUCCCCCGUUCACCAUAACAUCUGGGUCAGGGUUUACUUUAACCCUUUAGCAGCUGGGCAAGCUGCUGCUAGUACUUUGGUGAUCUUUUAGUAAAUCUAUAGUCCUUCAAAGUUUACGUGUUUAUUCGAUUUGAUUUCAAAUGCAAUGCAGCAAUACAAGACCAUGGCAAAGUCUAAAACUUAACAAUAACAUUGACAACAGUCAAACCUGUUCCUGCCAUCUUUACCGGUAUAAUAAACCUCUGCUGUGCUUGCGUUGGAGUAGCCCCUCCCCUCAUUAGCCUGGUGCGCUGUGUACGAGGAAGUCUUCAGUCGAGGGUAUACCAAUGCAAAGUGUUUGAGAUACGUUUGACCCCCAUUAAACUGAAGUUUUGCGGCUGGAUUACCUGUUUGAAGAGGAUGAAUCAAUCCGAGAAACGGUAGAUUUUCCUUGAUUGUAUCGGACCGGAGCACUUCCUGGAAACACUGAAGAACAUGCAGGUGUUUUGAGACAAGGCUGCUGUUUGAUUCCUGGAUGGCUUUGCUUGUGCAGCUCUGACAGAUAUUUAAAGGGGAACUUUGUGAAGGCUGCAUUAAAAUAAGAAUAACAAAGAAAAGGCUGUUUUGACUGAGCACAGAGCACUGUCCUCACUUUAUCCACCUCUUACAAUGGAGCCCAACAAGCCUACUGCGUGGGCAUCUUUCCGACAGAGGACAAAACCUCUCUUCUCCAACUUGAGCAUCAAGAAGAUAAAGAAGAAAGACAGCACUAAAGCAGAGGUCAGGAAGAAGCGAGUUCUGGACCAGAGGAUGAUGAGUACCUCGGUCCCAGACUUUCGGCAUCUGCACAGCGGGGCUGCCAGCACAGACAGGGCAGCCCCGCUCCCCUCCAAUGCCACACCCUCGCCGCUACACACAGCCCUAAACAACAACCAUGCUGCCACGCAUCUGAGGAACCGUCUGUCCAUGCCAGCGGAGAGCCAGGCUUGGGGCUCGAUGGAUUCUCUGCAGACAAAGAUGGGCAUUGAUGAAGUGGAGGGACUGUUGCACACUACACUGUUAUCGGAGAUUAAGAGUGAAGAGGAGUCAAACCAGUUCAGCACUACAGAGGCUGCUGCUGCUGCAGCUGCACAGGGUGAAGUGCCCACAGUGGAGAUCACUGAAGACCUAAGUGAGGAACACUUUGAAAACAAUGAGCUGGACGUCUCGCAGACCUCUCAGUUCUUUGCAGCUAAUUCUGUGGUGGGUGAGAAGGGUGAUUCUCUGGCCGUCCUGCCCAGCAGGAUCUCGUACCUCUUGACCAUCAAUCUGAAGGAAGGAAGGAACCUUGUGAUCCGGGAUCGCUCAGGCACCAGUGAUCCCUAUGUCAAGUUUAAACUGGAUGGGAAAACCCUUUACAAGAGCAAGGUUGUGUACAAGAAUCUCAACCCAGAGUGGAAUGAAUCGUUUUCUGUACCAGUUAGGAACCUGGACCAGAAAAUCUAUAUCAAGGUGUACGACCGGGACCUGACCACCGAUGAUUUCAUGGGUUCGACCAACCUUUCCCUGAGCGACCUGGAGCUGGACAGGACUGUGGAGAAGGUUCUGCCCCUGAACGACCCUAACAGCUUGGAGGAGGACAUGGGUGGGAUUGUGCUGGACCUCUACCUGUCCAUCAACAACCAAGAGAGAAAGAGUCCGAAGUGGAGGAGCCAAAAGAAGAGAGGGAGCAGCACAAAGCCGAAUUCGCAGCAGAAUGGCAGCCGGCUGGUGGACACGCUGCACAAGAGCCAGCUGUGGACUGGGGUGGUGUCCAUCACUCUGGUGGAGGGGAGGGGCCUGCAGGAGGGUGUGGGCGAGUUCUUCAUUCGCUUUAAACUGGGCGAUCAGAAAUACAAGAGCAAGACUCUGAAUAAAUGUCCCAACCCCCAGUGGAGAGAGAAGUUUGAUUUCAACCACUUCCAGGAGAGGCCGGCUAUGCUGGAGAUCGAGAUUUGGGGGAAGGAAGGCAGGAGAUUUGAAGAGUGCUUCGGAAGAUGCAAUGUGGAUCUGGCUAUGCUGCCUGGGGACCAGACCAAUGUGCUGGAGCUGCCCCUGGAUGCUCAAGGGACAGUGAUUACCCUGGUUGCCCUUAACCCCUGCUCCGGGGUCUCCAUCUCUGACCUGGGUGCCUGUCCCCUGGAUGAUCCCAAAGAGAGAAAGCAGAUACUCGAGAGAUACCAUAUAAAGAACUCCUUGCAGAAUCUAAAGGAUAUUGGCUUUCUCCACGUAAAAGUGCUAAAAGCUGUGGAUCUCAUCGCUGCUGAUUUUGUAGGGAAAAGUGAUCCCUUCUGCGUGCUGGAGCUGGGGAAUGACCGGCUACAGACCCACACAAUCUACAAGAACCUCAACCCCGAGUGGAAUAAAGUCUUUACAUUCCCCAUCAAAGAUAUCCACGAUGUUCUGAAGGUGACUGUUUUUGACGAAGAUGGAGACAAACCGCCCGAUUUCCUUGGCAAAGUGGCCAUCCCUUUACUCUCUGUAAGGAAUGGUCAGUCCAGUUGCUUCAUCUUGAAGAAUAGUGAUUUGGGUGCACCAACGAAAGGGGUUAUCUUUUUGGAGAUGGAGGUCUUUUAUAACCCGGUGAAAGCAGGCAUCAGGACCUUCACACCACAGGAGACCAGACUCAUCGAGGAUAAUCCCAAAUUUUCCAAGAAGAUAUUAACGAGGAACGUUGAUCGUGUUAGGAAAAUCACCAUGGCCAUAUUGAAUACGAUCCGGUAUAUUAAAAGCUGCUUUCAGUGGGAAUCUACACAAAGGAGUUUAAUAUCCUUCCUGCUGUUCCUGGUUGUCGUGUGGUACAUGGAGCUUUACAUGGUGCCCCUCUACCUGCUUCUCCUGCUCGCUUGGAACUACUUCCAGAGAGCCUGUGGGAAGGGCAGCAGCACACAGGACCUGGAAAGUAUGGGCCUGGGCGAUGAUGACGACGAUGAUGAAAAGGAAUCGGAGAGAAGAGGAUUAAUAGAAAAAAUUCACAUGGUUCAGGAUAUUGUGAUAACAGUUCAGAAUAGCCUGGAAGAAAUUGCUUGCCUUGGAGAAAGAAUUAAAAACACUUUCAACUGGACUGUCCCUUUCCUGUCCAGUCUUGCUUGCCUGGUUCUUCUUGUUGCCAUGGUUUUAUUGUAUUUCAUCCCUCUUCGGUACAUUGUUUUGUUGUGGGGAAUAAAUAAAUUUACCAAGAAGUUACGGAAUCACUACGCCAUCGACAAUAACGAAAUCCUAGAUUUCCUCUCCAGAGUGCCUUCGGACAUACAGAAGGUGCAGCACGCCGAAUUAAAACCCCCAUCCACCAGCCACAGCCCGCUUCGGAAGAAAAGGUGCGUAGAUGGAAGGUUGGGCUAUCCUUGAAAUGCCAGAACAUCCACCUAGUGAAGCUGCAGCUCCCGCCUCUGGCCCUCCUGCUGCUGCCUGCUGUCUUGCUGCUCGCACUAGCUCUGCUCUCGUCACCUCUGUGGCACGAUCCUGCUGAAUGGCCCGGGGUGCUUGAAACACUUUCAGUAUCUAAUAAUGCAAUAUACUGAGCAGUGCGGCAUGCUAUUCUAAUCCUGCCUUAUUGGAGAGAGUGGUUGACUUUGGGAUUCGAGCUGUCUGCCUGUCUGUCUGCCUGCCUGCCUGUCUGGCUGCCUGUGUGCACACCGCAGACAUGUCCCUGGAUGAAUUAAAGUUUGAAAUUUCAUACAGUGCAAUGCACAGCGCAGCAGCUGAUCCGUCUGGCUGUCUGCUUGACCACAGAGCAGGAUACCUGUCUCCUCUCACUUACUGUUGCGAUAUGUCUAGCUGUUAACUAGGCUCUGAAAAAAGAUGCUGUUACUUUACAUUUAUAGGCACUACUUUUUAUCCUAAGUGUACAUAUAUAUAUAUAUAUACACACACAUCACUAAUGUAAACACUUCCGUGCACCUCAUCUCUCUAAAAUUAUGCUUGGGUCCUUCAAAGCUACUUUCCAUUUCUUGUCUACCUUUGACCAAACAAAAUGAAGACUCUGUGUGUAUAUAAAAUAAAAGUAGUUCAAGUUUUUGCAUUUGCUGGGAGCAUGUUGAGCGAUGUUGAGUCGUGUGAUGGUGUGCGAUGCCGAGUCAUGUGUGAUGUUGAAUGAUGUUGAGCGAAGCUGAGCCAUGUGUGAUGAUGAAUGAUGUUGAGCGAUGUUUAAGUUGGGAUUUUGGUGUGGUGCACAUGUUUGGAAAGUAGCUUCUAUAUUUGUGUUGGUGUUUCUUUUCAUGUUGCUUGUGGCAAAUGAACUCAUCUCUGUAUUCUCUAUUGCUGUAACAUUGUGAUUGUAUUUUUUAUUCCGUCAUUGCAUAUAUAUAUAUAUAUAUA